AUGGAAAAAAGAAAAUUUGAGACAAAUAUUUUAGUGGAAGAUUAUAUAGAAGAAGAAAAAGUAAAAUCAAAAAAAUGGUUUGAAGAUGAAAAUAUUAGUACUAAAAGUGAAAAAAAUUCAUUUGAUGAAUGGUGUUUUGUAUUACCAUGUUGUAUGGAUGAAGAAGAAUCAUCUGAUUUUGGGCAUCAUGUAUCAGUUUUUAUGGUUGGAUUAAUUGCAUUUGCAACAUUUUUUUGCGUAAAUCUUAUACUUAUUUUAGUAUUUUUAUUAGGAUAA